ACUAACAGCAUGAGAGGCCAGGACUGAUGUCAUUUAGAGAGAUAUUGAACAAAGCGCAACUUUAAAAAGAAAAAUUAAAUCAACAAGCAUAGCGGAGACAAGCUGGUGAAGAGGUGAGAGAUUAUCUAUCUAUAAUAUCGAUCCGGAACCACAGUAAACUGACCACAGGAUUACAAUCACCAUGGUUACGCUGGACUUCAGGACACUGACGGUGCCCGUGGGCAUUGUGCGUCUACUGGAGGUGAUUUUCACCUGUAUCUCCUUCAGCCUGGUGGCAUCAGUGGGCCACAGUACUAAUUCCUUCUGGACGUGGUGCAUGUUCACAUGGUGCUUCUGCUUCUGCGUCACCUUCCUCAUAGUCUUUCUGGAAUUCACCAGUCUCAACACUAAGUUGCCAAUUUCCUGGGAUGACUUCACUACCGCUUUUGCCAUGUUGGGUACUCUUAUGGUGCUGGCAGCAUCCAUCAUCUAUCCUGUCUUCUUCACUUGUUCUAACUGCGGCAAACAGAUUGGUGCCACUGUUACUUCCUGUCUGGCCUUCAUCCUGUAUGCACUUGAGGUUGGGCUGACCCGGGCUAAACCUGGUGAGAUUAGUGGAUUUCUGUCCACAGUCCCAGGCCUCCUCAAGGUUCUGGAGGCCUUUGUGGCCUGCAUCAUCUUCACCUGCUUGGACUCCAGUUUUUACUCUAAGAAUCCAGGGCUCCAGUGGUGUGUUGCUGUCUACUCCAUUUGCUUCAUCUUUGCCCUCAUUGUCAUCAUUUUUACCAUCUGCCGCCUUCUGUCUCUCUUCCCUGCACCAUUUGACAAAAUCCUGACAGGCUGCAAUGUGUUGGCAGUGUUGAUGUACAUCACCGCUGUGGUCGUCUGGCCAUUGUACAGCUUCCAGAACAACCCCAGGCCAAAGGUGUGCUCGCAAGUGGUUACAUGUUCAUGGAAUAAUUAUGUGGUUAUCUCUUUCAUGACCGCUUUCAACCUUGCUGCUUAUAUUGUGGAUACUGUUUAUUCUUUUAAGCUGGUCUUCUUUAUCAGCAGAACAUAGGUUGCAAAUGUACCUCAUAUUUCUGCUGUUGGCAAGUUUUUAAGUACACUUGAACUCAAAGAUUGAACAUGAGUCAAAAUAUAAUGUAAUGUAAAGCAUCCCUUGUACAACUUUUGUUAAACAUAUUUUAUUUUACUGAUGUUUUUGUGAUUCAUUGUGUUUAGAUCUGAGUGAGAGUAACUUUUACGUGUCAUCAUAAUGAUGCAUUCUCUGAGAACAUGAAACAACAGCGGCAGUAUCUAAUUUUGAACUGUAAGGAGAUGUAAACCCAAUUUUCUCUUUCCCUUUUUUCUUUCUCCAUGAUUUUCAUCCGCUCCUUAUUUACUGUGUUUGUUUGUUGACUUCAGUAUGUGAAAUAUGAAUAAAGGGUUAUAAAAGUG